AUGGCAGUUGCCUCAAAUUGUCAGAAAUCAUCUCUUGUUAAAGUGCAUGAUCUGCAACCUUUAUCGGAAGAUCAAUCAUUUGAGUUUUUCAAAAAGAAGACAUUCCGAUAUGACUUGGAUGGAUGUUGUCCAAAUGAGCUCAUUGAUAUAUCUAUUGAAAUUGCUAAAAAAUGCAGAGGUUUACCACUAGCAAUUGUUGCCAUUGGCGGUUUAUUGUCUACAAAAGAGAGAAAAUUACAUGAGUGGCAGAGAUUUUGUGAUAACAUGACUUUAGAGCUAAAGAAGGAUUCCCAUUUGACCGGAAUAAACAAAAUUUUAGCCUUCAGCUACGAUGAUUUGCCUUUUCAUCUCAAGUCAUGUUUGUUGUAUUUUGGAAUGUAUCCAGAAGAUUACAAAGUUGAAUCAAAGAGACUGAUUCGACAGUGGAUAGCUGAAGGAUUUGUUAAAGAAGAAAGGUUGUAUACUUUGGAAGAAGUAGCAGAAGGAUAUUUAACAGAGUUGAUCCAUAGAAGUUUGGUCCAAGUAUCUUCUGUUAGGUUUGAUGGAAAAACUAAAAGUUGUUGUGUUCAUGAUCUAACACGUGAGAUGAUUCUUGAAAAGUGCGAAGAUUUAAGUUUCUGCAAGCACAUUAGUGGAGAUGAUCCUUCAUCAUUGUCUGGAAUUAUUCGACGCCUUACAAUAACAACCGAUUCCAAUGAUUUUACGAAAUGUAUUGAAAACUCACAUGUUCGUUCACCAUUUUUUUUCGCAAAUGUGUGGCAAUUUUUUAUCGAAGAUUUUAUGAGGAAAAUCGUUACCAAAUGUAGGCGCUUGAAGGUGCUUGAGUUUGAAGCUUUUUCUAAAGAUAAAUUGAGUAAUUUCCUCAAUGAAAAUUUGGGAAGCUUGAUUCACUUGAAGUAUUUAACUUUUUCAAAAAAAAAAAGACUUGAAUAA